GGUUCCCUUAUGGGUGUGGUGACGAGAUUGCUGGCGAAAAUUGACUCUCAGCUCGCGUGAGGGCUGCGUGGCCCUUUAAAUGUGUUUAAAAUUGACUUCCAAUUACCUGUGAGGCUUUAAAAUUUAUCUGUGAGCUUAUAAACAUGCCAGGGAUCUGAAAGAAGCGGAGUUUGCUCAAACCAGCCUGAUCAGGUCCAGCACAUUGUCGUCUCAGGUGCCGGUCAAACAGGAACAAUGAGUGAGUUGGAACAGUUGCGACAGGAAGCGGAACAGCUUCGCAACCAGAUCCGGGAUGCUAGAAAAGCCUGCAGUGACUCCACACUUUCGCAGAUGACAGCGAGCCUGGACUCAGUGGGGCGGAUACAGAUGAGAACGAGACGCACGCUCAGAGGUCAUCUCGCCAAAAUCUACGCCAUGCACUGGGGCAGCGACUCCAGGUUACUUGUCAGUGCCUCCCAAGAUGGAAAACUGAUCAUAUGGGAUGGUUAUACGACCAACAAGAUGCACGCUAUUCCCCUGCGCUCCUCCUGGGUCAUGACCUGUGCCUACGCCCCGUCGGGAAACUACGUGGCCUGCGGAGGCCUGGACAACAUCUGCUCCACCUACAGCCUUAAAACCCGUGAGGGCAAUGUCAGGGUCAACCGAGAGCUGGCUGGACACACAGGCUAUCUGUCUUGCUGUCGUUUUCUUGAUGACAAUCAGAUCAUCACCAGCUCUGGUGACACCACAUGUGCAUUGUGGGACAUUGAGACGGGCCAGCAGACCACCAGUUUCACAGGACACACGGGCGACGUCAUGAGUCUGUCGGUCAGUCCCGACUCAAAGACGUUCGUGUCGGGAGCCUGCGACGCCUCUGCCAAACUGUGGGACAUCAGAGACGGGAUGUGCAGGCAGUCCUUCACCGGCCAUGUCUCGGAUAUAAAUGCCGUCUGCUUCUUCCCGAAUGGAAAUGCCUUCACGACGGGUUCAGACGACGCCACCUGCAGGCUGUUUGACCUCCGCGCGGAUCAGGAGCUCAUGAUGUAUUCUCACGACAACAUCAUCUGCGGUAUCACCUCCGUGGCCUUCUCCAAGAGUGGACGCCUCCUGCUGGCCGGAUACGACGACUUCAACUGCAACGUCUGGGACACUUUAAAAGGCGAACGUGCAGGCGUCCUGGCCGGUCAUGACAACAGGGUGAGCUGUUUAGGAGUAACUGAUGACGGGAUGGCUGUAGCCACGGGAUCAUGGGACAGUUUCCUUCGGAUCUGGAACUGAGAGCGGUAUUGAAAUCUCCAGCUCCCAUUUCCUCGUUCCCAUUUCUACGUCUUUCCACAGCAGCAGUUCCUCUGUAUUCCAGUUAUUACACAUGAUUUUCAGUAUGUAGUUCAAUCCCGUGGAGAAGCCAAUCAUCACUGCCGGCCACAGGAAUUAUAGGAAGAGAUUAUUAAAGUGUCAUUGUGUAAUAUGUAAAUAUACAUGUAUAUGAAUAUAGAUAUGGUAUAUAUGUACAGCAUUAUGUGUAUGUAUAUACCAUAUAGUAUAUACAUACAUAGUGUUCAUGUAUAUAUUUUUCUAGUUGAUCAUUGGCCCAUGACAUUUUUAUUAAUCUUUCACUUUUUUGUAUUUUAUGUUUUCGUUUGUUGUACAUAGAAAACAACGCUAAACUAGAUGGAACAUUGCAAGCAGUCUGUAUUACAAAAAGUUUGUGAAUUAACUGAGGUUUUCGUGUAUUUCGUGCAGAUUAUCUUUGGAAUUUUUUUUUUUUUUUUUAGACGCCACUAAAUCAAUCAUCAUUUAUUGGUGCUUGAAGGUGUUUGGAAAGAAGGCACUGAAUUUUCUCGCAGCCUUGAGAUUGAAUGUUUAAUUCGAAGCAUUUUGACGCCUUGUUUUUAGAGGUCUUGCUUUUGAUUGAUAACGAAAUUCAUAAUUGAUCUGCCCUUGAACUUUAGCCUUAAAUACUAGUGAUCACAAUAAAACUAAUCCAAGUAAAUAAAUUCUUAUUCUUGGUGCUUACGAAAAAAUCUGUGCAUUGAAUGAAUUCAUAACACUUGCUUUUUCUAUUUUAAAUCCGAAAUGGCCACAAUCCCUCCUCUUAAAUUUAAAAUGUCACAGUGUUACAAAGAUGGAACUUAUUGAAAACAGUAUGUAUACUUUUUUUGGUGUUCAUUAAGAGUCAUUGGAUGCUGAUACCAUCUCCGUUUCAGCAUAUAAAUGUUUGCAAACAGGUGGAAAUGAAGAACACUACCUGGUCGGGACGAUUAGUCACUCUAUUUGGCUUUAUUUUAUUUCUGUGAAUCAAAAAUCAGAUCAGAGCGAUGAAGCCAUUGACUCAUUUUCACCAUAUUUAAGUGCCAUCGGUUCUGACAGUAUGCCUGCGUUUGUUGCGGUUGCCAGAUUGGUGCUGGUUUGAGUUGCGUGUCAGUAACCUGCUUAACAAACCUGAUUAAAACAUGACAUUUGUGCCAUUGUUAACACCUCAUAUAACUGUGAAAACCAUUUAAAAUCUUUCUUUUACUUUACCUUUUGAUAUAAAAGGGAAUCGGAAAGCAGCUUGAAAUUAUUUUGAGGUAUUAAAACGUGUUUUUCUUUUCUGUAAUAAGUCCUUUUACAGUAUGAAGAUGCUUUUUAGCACAAUUUAAAAACCCUGCUCCAGAAUGGAAUUGAUUUUAGGUUUAUAUGUUUGAGUUUUAUGAUGAUUAACUGUGAAAAGGGAUGUCUUUGGUAAUAACGUCUCAUUUGAGAGUUCAGUUUAAACAGGAAUUUUGCUGGUAUUACUAGUAUUGGUUAGGAUUCGAGUCAGAUUUCUAUUGUUGGUACUGUAGGGAUUGCAAGAUUGCCAAUCAGUGAUUCUUUUUGUGGUUGUUUUAUUAUGAUCAUGUUGAAGAUUUGAGUGGUUGGAUCUGGAUUAGCUGAAAUCGGCAGUUUAAUUUAUAGCUGCCGUAUGCUGAAAUGCUGACGUAGACUUUCAGAGCUUUAAUGAAAAACCAUGGAUGGCUUUUUCAAAUGUGUUUAGUGUUUUUUUUUUUUUUUUUAAAAAACCUUAUUUCCAAACCACUCAAACUUGGCAACAAAAGAGCAUUUUAGUAUUACAGUACAUGUUAGAAGUACCCCGAUGUUUUAAGUAUUCAUAAUAUACUUUUGGCUCGAUUUGUAUGCUUCACAGUCUUUUUGGUUUUUUUUGUUUUUCUUUUGAGCCAAUAAAACCAGGAGUGUGGUGCCUUGUGUACUUUCACAGUGCCAUAUUUUCAGAUAAUCAUUUUUAAUAACAUUUUGUUUCUCAACUUUUUUGGUAUUUGUAAAGUAACAUGGUGAUAACGCUGCCAUACACUGAUAUUGUAACCAAUAAAAAGACUUUUAACCAUA